GGAGCCGUCAGUCGGUUGGUGUCCGGAGCAGAGGAGGCAGGCUGAGCUUUGGAAUUGAGGGAAAAAUGGGAAUAACUUCCCGUCUAUCUGCUUUGUUCUGUUCCACAUCCCCGCUGUAGUCUGGGAGAACCAUCCCGUACACAGUGUCUGGUCCUCCGGUUGACAGGGGACCGACCGCAGCUAGCUGGGUUAGCAGUCCACCGUCACCGUGAGGCUCCCGACCAACCGACCCGGCAAAGCAGAGCUGAGGAGUGGCUGUGACAAAGGAAGGAGCCAUGAACCGCUUCAGAAAGUGGCUUUAUAAACCCAAGAGGACAGACCCGCAGCUCCUGGCCCAGUUCUACUAUGCUGAUGAAGAGCUUAACCAGGUGGCCACCGAGCUGGACAGCCUGGAUGGGAGGAAGGACCCUCAGAGAUGCACGCUGCUGGUCAACCAGUUCCGGUCCUGUCAGGACAAUGUGUUGAACAUCAUCAGUCAGAUCAUGGAUGAAUGUAUCCCCCACGACCGGGCCAACAGAGACUUCUGCGUCAAGUUCCCGGAGGAGAUUCGUCAUGACAACUUGGCGGGACAGCUGUGGUUUGGAGCUGAGUGUUUAGCUGCAGGCUCCAUCAUCAUGAACAGGGAAAUAGAGAGCAUCGCCAUGAGACCCCUGGCUAAAGACCUGACCCGCAGCCUGGAAGAGGUGCGCAGCAUCACCAGAGACCAGGCCCUACGAGAUCUCAACCUGUACACAGACCGCAUGAAGGAUGCAUUACGACAUUUCGACAGCCUUUUCGCUGAGUUUGAGCUCAGCUAUGUGUCAGCCAUGGUGCCUGUGAAAAGUCCCAAAGAAUACGACGUUCAGCAGGACGUGAUCGUCCUCUUCUGUGAAACUGUUGAAAGGGCCCUCCGGCUGGGCUACCUCACACAGGACAUGAUCGAUGACUAUGAACCUGCUCUGAUGUUUACGAUUCCCAGACUGGCCAUCGUUUGCGGGUUGGUCGUGUAUCCUGAGGGACCUCUUAACCUCGACCGUAAAUCUGAGGACAUGUCAGAGCUCUUCAGGCCUUUUCGCACGUUGCUGAAAAAAAUCAGAGACCUCCUCCAAACUCUGACCGAAGAGGAGCUGCUGACACUGGAGAAGAACCUCUGCAUCUCUCAGGACGGAGAGUUGUCGACAGGCCAGGACCUGGCUUCAAAUGGCAUCCAGGCUCCGGUCCAAGAAAACCCUUCUUCCUGCUGCAUCGCUAAGGAUACCUCAGAGGGGCAGGAUGGCGUAGAGGAGGAUCCGCUCCCAGUGUUCGCCUGUUCUGAUCAGGAGAAGGAGUUGGCAGAGGUGGAAAGAGGUUGGGAGGAAGUGGAAACCCAAAGCGGUGAGGAGGAGCAGGAGCAGGGCCUCCUCUGUGAGGAGGCGGAGGAAGCAGAGCUGGCAUGCUCCAUGCAGUACGAUGAGGAGGAACUGGAGCAGCUCAACAUGAUGGUGUACAGAGUGGGGGACGAAAUGUCCACCUUGCUGUCCCCUCCCAGCCAGGGCCAGUCCCCGGCCCACGGCCCCAGUAGAGGGGACCCAGCAGGCUCCAGUGCGGCUUCUAGCACAGAAGCUUCUCCCCGUAGGUUAGGAAGGACAGGUCUCUAUGUGGAAGAGGAGGAUCGUGUUUUUUUCAUGGAGGACCUCGAUGCAGCAGACGCCAUCAACGGAAUCUCCAGAGAGGCCUGCAGGUGCGUGGUUUCUCCUAAAAGAUCAGUGCCUCCCCUGCAGCACAAACCUGGACCUGGUACUAGCAUCAAUGGGUGGAGUUGUGAGGCCACAUCGGAGCAGCCCUGUCCACAGCCACGCAGCCUGAAUAGUACCUGCCCCAUGGCUAAGACUCCCCUCUGCGCCCCUGGUUCUGAGCCUCUCCCUUACACUAACGGCUGGGACAGGGGGUUAGAGGGCACUGCGGCUGAAACGGCAGAGGUCAUCGCCCACCGAAUGGGGGGGAUGAAGCUGUCUGCCACCGUCAUCUUCAACCCUCGUUCCCCUAGCCUCACAGAGCUAGCCGUGGACAAGCUGCUGCUGCCUCGGCCCGCUCCUUCUGAGAUCGAGCCCUGCGGCCCCCUAGUGGCCACCCACUGUCUGCUGAACUCAUGUGUCUGCUGUGGAAGCUGCGACGACUCUCACGAUGACGGCGUCACAGCAGAUACCGCUGGACUGGAACUGGGCCUGGCUUUGGGUCUGGACAAACACUGCAAGACCCCAGCUUCCAGCGCCGUCAUCCAGUCCGCCGCCUGCCAGCGGCCGCCCCGCAGCCAUCAUCAGUUCAGGAAGGGUGAGAUCGCUCAGCAGACUUCCCCGUCCUCCCUGCGUUCUGCAGAGCCACAAGCAGAGGAUUCUGAAUCGCUGCUGUGUGAGAAGUGCCUGGUGGCUCCAGGACGGGGGCGUCUUCCACAGGACUGCAGCUCCAGAGGAGGGCAAGGACCCUCCAUGUGUGCCCACCAACCAAGCACUGACAGGAGGCAGCAAGCCAGUGGAGGCCGGCAGAGGGAUAAGGACGUGGAUACCAGCAGACUAGAUGAUAAGGAUCUUAAGGUGGACCCUAAAGAGGACAGCAGGACGUGCUCCAGUUUUCAGAAGUCUCCCCUCAGCUCUGUGUCAGGUAGUGACUGCGACAGUGUGUCGGUCACCACAUAUAGUCUGUCGAGCAGUGCUUACUCUCCAAGCCCUGUCAGCAGUAUGACUCCUAGCUCUGGGACAUCGGAGGGCCUGGAUCAGCAGGAGAUCAGGCUGGCCCUGCAGGAUGCCAGAGUGGCAGCGAGGAACAAGAUCCGAUCCCGGUUUCACAGCAGUAGUGACCUCAUCCACCGCCUCUUUGUUUGCAUAUCAGGUGUAGCUGAUCAGCUGCAGACCAACUAUGCCAGUGACCUCCGAGGUAUCCUUAAGACUCUUUUUGAAGUAAUGGCAACAAAGUGUGAGCAAGGCGACGGCGAUAAACAAAAAAAGGUAGGUCCUGUCCUGCGCAGUGCAGUGCUGGAGGAUUGUGCUCUCUGUCAGGAGACGAUUUCAUCAUCAGAACUGGCAGCCAAAGCCCGGGAGGGACAGUUUGAAGACCCUCCAGACUGGGUCCCGGACGACGCCUGCAGCUCCUGCAUCGCCUGCAAGGCUCCCUUCACCGUCAUUCGCAGGAAGCACCACUGUAGGAGCUGUGGAAAGAUCUUCUGCUCCCGCUGCUCAUCUCAUUCGGCUCCAUUACCUCGGUACGGCCAGGUGAAGCCUGUGCGAGUCUGCACACACUGCUACAUGUUUCAUGUCACGCCCUUCUACAGCGACAAACCCGCCAUCUGAUCUCGGAUCAGUACUGAAAGCACACAGUCUGCUCCAAGAACAUAUGCAAGGGACAGAUUCACUUCCACAGUGCUUCUUCAGUAAAAAGGUCAUGAAUGUACUCGCUGAGCACAGCUGCAGGAUAAAGUGGUUAAAAAGGGGCCAGGCGAGAAGCUCCAAAUUCGAUCGGAGCACUGAAAUGGCAGCAUGUUUAUCUGCAGGCACCUGUCUGAGAGCCGAGCCUUUCAGAGCCAGCAGCAACGCUCGGCAAGAGUUUACAGAAUCAGAACACUUUUUCCUUUCUGCAGGUGCAAAUAGGGAAGCUUUCUGUUUGCUUCAGCGAGCUUCCCACAUCUUUCCCGGCGCUCCUACAGAACUCAGAUCAGUCAGAAGAAUGUAAGUCAAACCACCGUGUAAAUAAUAACGAUUCUGUCUGUAAGCUUCGGAGCCACUAAACAACCUCAGCAGGCUAAAACUGACAAGUAAUAUUUUGAUAAGAGCUUUGUUGUUUAGUUUUUUUGGAAGGUGAUUAAUGUUUGUGUUUAGCAGAAGAGGUCUGGAUGAGUUUGCUGCGUGGCUCAUGUGCAGUUGAUAUCUUUUCCUUCACUGCUGUCAGCCUUUGACCUUUAGGAGCUCAGACUCUUGUCAGUGCCCUGAUGAAGCACUCUCAGGUGCGUCUAAACGCAGGAACACAGGGCAGAUGCUGCCCUCCUCUCUAAGCUUCCUCAGUAACGUUUCUGUGCAAUAUCUUUGACUGUAAUGCUUCUGCACACCGACGAGACAGACCUCCGAUAUUUUUGUUCGAAUUGGUUCGUUCCCGCUGAAAAUAUUCUGAAACAGUUGUGUUCAAAAUAACAGCAGCUUCACAUCACCGAGGAGUUCAGUCAACGUUUCUGGUAGAAAUUACCAGCUGAGUGAAAGAAAGCAGUCAGAGCACAAAUGGUGCUGAUUCAGUGAAGUUGUUCAAAAUGAUCUGAUUUUAGGGAGAGAAGAAGAGAAAAUGAUUGGCUGUCUCUCUUUAACCACAUUUGACUCAGCCCUGAAACAUAAGGAUGAUGGGGCGACUCACCUGGUUAGAGCAGCACCUCACACCUGUUCACUACCUGCAGAAACCCUGCUUAUACAGCUAAAUAUUAAGUUAGAAAUUCACAAGAAAGCCAUAAUCUUUCAGUUAAGAUAGUUCAUGUUUAGUUUAUGUGGACUGAAAACAGAUUGGAUUUAUUUAUAUAAUCCUAAUUAAUUUGCCUGUAAAGCAAUAAAAUAAAAUUAUUUAAAGGUGUUUUUUAUAGAACUGCAUCUAUUUUGAACACAACUGUGUAUGUUUCAGACUGACUGUAUCCACCUCUCUACUGUCUCUCCAGCAUCUUCCAGGCAGAUGAGAUGUAAGAGCAGUUUUUAGUUCCUUUCUGCUCUGACUGAAAUCACCUUCUCAGGCUUUAAAUGUUCUGAAUUACCUAGCAAUCCUCAUUGCAUCUAAAAAAAACAAUAUUUUUUUUUCUUUUAUAAAGAAUGCAGAUUAACAAGGAAAUGUAUUUACUUUAAUGUAAAGAAAAUGAUUCAUGCAGUUGAGAUAGAUGGGAUAUUCUGUGAUUAUUGUUUUCAGAGCUUUUCCUUUUUUUUGUAAAACUUACAUUAAUUUCCUUAAGUGUAAAAUAUACAGAUGAAUAAUGUUAUAUAGUUUUAA